AGUAGUAGUAGUAGUAGUAGUAGUAGUAAUUAAAGAUUUCCCCUGACAUUACUCUGGGGGUUGGUGUUCAUCUUCAUUUCUAAGCCAAAGAGCCGGCAUUGUCUGUAGACUCCUCCAAAGUUGUGUGGCCACUGGCAUGACUGCAUGGCGCACUGUUACCUUCUCGCCAAAGCAGUACCUAUUGAUCUACUCACAUUUGCAUGUUUUCAAACUGCUAGGUUGGCAGAAGCUGGGGUUCACCCCCUCCCCGGAUUUGAACCUGCAACCUUUUGGUCUGCAAAUUCAGCAGCUCAGUGCUUUAACCCACUGCACCACUGGGGGGGCUCCACAUAUAUGCAUAUUUGUGUGUGUGUGUGUAUAUAUAUAUAUAUAUAUAUAUAUAUACUAGCUUGGGGACCCAGCGAUGCCCAGGUUAUUUGAAAAAGGCAUUAUUUGUAUCUGAAUGUUAAGUAUUCUCAGUUUGGAGUGGGUGAACUACAAUUCCCAGAAUGGUGGGUGUGCUGGUACAGCUGUACCAGAACCUUCUACUUUACUUUAUUGCUGCAAAUGUUUGCAUUCAUAGGACAGGCCACCUUUCAAUCACCAUUAAGUUUGGUUCCGCCCCUUGUUCAGGGCUCUGGGAGGGAAGGAGCCAUUUUUAAGUUAGUCUCACUUAGGAAGCUCAUCUAUAGGAUGUAGACCAGCUCGUCCCGUAAAAAGCUUCAUAUUUCAAGAGCACCAGGGUUAAAGAACACCAGGGAUAAAGACCGUCCGAGGAUACAGAACAACACCACAGAAACAUCUGCAAGCCAUUGGCUGACUCCAUGAUAGUGCCAUGGAGAUGCUGCUUCGUGAACCGUGUGUGGGAUGGCAACGGAAAAGGAAAAAUACCCCCUACAGCUUUGGAAAUAACAGGUUCCAACUUGCCUGUCCACCCAAAGGUAGGUGUUACGGUGCUCUUGAAAAGCUCUUAGUAUCUUCCAAGACUAAGGCGAUCGCUGACGGAAGGAACCGACUGGCCCAGCAUGAAAUCGAUCCUUGGCCUUGCUUUGGUUUGGAACGCAGUACAGCUUUCGAGACCCCAGUGCGUCCUUGAAAAGGAGUAUUUCUGCUCUUCCAUUCCAAAUGAUUUUCCCGAAGGGCUGACGUCCAUCCUCUUUGUGGUGACCAACCUUGGGGUGAUCAACUCAACCGUCUUCAGCAGCCCAAGCUUGGCGUCGGUCACUAGUCUCGCCCUGGCCAACAGUGGCAUCACAGACAUCGAAGCCGGAGCCUUCCACGCCUUCCAAAGCCUCACGAAACUCAGCCUGUAUCAGAACAGCUUAACCCGCGUGUCGGCUUCAUGGCUUUCCAACCCGGGACGGUUAGAAAAUCUAACUGCGGCUCAGAACUUCAUCGUUCACAUUGGACCCGACAUGUUCUCCGGUUUGUCCAACCUCGUCGCACUGAACUUGGCCAACAAUUGGAUCCGUGACGUUGCCAGAGGAAGUUUUAAGGACCUGGCCAAGCUGAAAUUUAUUGACCUCUCUGGCAACCGUUUGGCGGUUUUAAGGAGAGCCGUGUUCGAUGGACUAACAAUGCUCCCGGCUAUGAAGCUGGGCGGCAAUCCAUGGAAUUGCUCCUGCGAACUUCAAGAUUGGGGAUUGUUCCUUCAAGAGAUGAUCAAUGCAUCCCUGUUGGAAGACGCUCCGGACGUUGUGUGCCACACUCCGCCGAGCCUUCAAGGAGUCCACGUUUGGAACAUCUCAGACUUCAAGUGUUCAUCUGGUCGCCUUCCAUCUUCUGGGAAUGCCUUCCAUAAAGUGGGAUUGCCAGCUUUGCUAGCCUGCUUAGUGUUUAUUUCACUUCUUGCGCUGAUUAUUUGGAUCUGGACAGCAAAGCGUAAUAACAAGCAAGUUCGCCCAAGCAAGGACAUUGUCGAUCCAGUCAUUGGUGCAAAAUCAACUAAUUGUGUUGAUUCUGAGUGUCAACAAUCUAACAAACAAUUUAAAACUUCUCAGAUAGGCACAGUGUCUAGAAACAUGAGGCUAAAAGUCCGGGCCAAGUCGGCAUCUGCCAUUCUGCUGCAAACGGAGUUCUACCAGAGACGACAACAGAUCUCCUGUUCCACUGACCCCAAAUGGGACCCUGUGACAACAACGCCAUAUGUGUCACUGAAUAACAAAAUGUACCUUGGAAGGGACAAUUUGGAUAACUUUAUGGAGGUUCGGAAUUACCAGAUGUUGGAAACGGGCAAUAGAGAGGAAUUUGAGAGUUGUUACAAUGUCGGCUCGUUCCUGACCGAAGUAUGUAUAGAAACACCUGGGAUGGAAGCAGAAGCAGAAACAGAAGCCACAAACCCAACACUGCAAGGUUAUGGGUUUUCAGAAAGGCUUGAGGAUCAAAAUGACACUGAUAAUCCAGAGCCCUUCUUAUAUUUAAGCAUUGCCACAGCUCCCAAAGAACAAGUUGAUGUCAACCCACCAGAAGAUCGGAUUCCAAAACCAAAUGGAAACAACUCCACCGUUUUGAAGCGAACGUUGACCUGGCCUUACGAAAGGAAGUUCUGGGACCAGAGUUCCCAUAUGUUGAACAUUCGAGGAUCCUUCAGAGCACAGCUCUUGAUACCUUCUCCUCAUUUAGGUGGGACGGCCCAUUCUGGUGAAAGAGAAGGUGAGGAAGCAUGGCUACCGAUCCAUCCCUGGAAAGAGCAUGACAAUGGCGAACAUCAAGUCAAGGGAGAGGCAACACAGCUUCCAGAAGAAGACAAUAGAGAGACAAUAGGGACUGGAACGUAUGAUCCUACCCACCCAAGGAAGGAUGGUCAAAGAGGUUGUGGUGGAUCUCAACUGGAACCAACCAACGAGACACACAAUAGAGAGACAAUAGGGACUGGAACGUAUGGUCCUACCCACUCAAAGAAGGAUGGUCAAAGAGGUCGUGGUGGAUCUCAACUGGAGCCAACCAAUGAGACACACAAUAGAAAGACAAUAGGGACUGGAACAUAUGGUCCUACCCACCCAAGGAAGGAUGGUCAAAGGGGUUGUGGUGGAUCUCAACUGGAACCAACCAAACAGAUAGAGUUUCUCGUUCAGAAAGAACCAGAGGUAGCAGUUAGAGGAUUUGUACCUUCCUCACAGUCUAGAGUCAACACAACCCAACACCCUACCAGUAUCAAGAAUAUCCAGUUUCCCAAACCAGUGUCUUCUCAGUCCAGGGCUCGCCAUGUUGUCCAUCUAUCUCCAGGCUCAUCCGUUGAUGCUGCUACUGCAAGUUCUUCCUACAAUGAUACAGUCUCACUGGAAAGCAGUGAAAACAACUAUAUGAACCUGCUGCACGAAGUUGUGGAGAACCGUGGGAGAUGGACCAGAGAACGAUGGAAACAGAAUCGACGGAUGCGCUCAGUUCACCAGUCUGUAUGCAAAUCCAAGUAGACCACCAUAUGUGUGUAGAUGACAGUGUAUUUAUUAGUAUUGUCCUCUUAUAUUUCCAUUCUUCAAUAACUGAUGUGGACAGGAGAAGAUCGUCUUCCUCACAAUGCUACGUUCUAGAACGUCUUGGGCAUAUUCUGAGGAGACAUUCUGAAGGUGAGAAGUCCUGUGCUGAGCAUCUUGCGUGUACCUUUCACAAUGUUUCUCCAGACGUGGUCUUCUGCCUUCUGGGAGACUCAAUCGUUCACCACGCUUCCUUCCAAAACUACCUUCAGAAUUGGCCAACCUGGAUGUAGAACAGUAAGGCUUAAGCUGGAUGGCGCUUUGGAGGACAACGUCCCAUCAUCCCUUGCCUGAAUGAAAGAACUUCUGGUUGGAGAGUAUGGGGAUUGUUGGUUUGGGGGUUGGAUGUUGUGGAGCAAUGUUAUGCAUAUGUCAGUAUAUCAAAGAGACAUCAUUUAUGUUUGUCAACAUAGGUUUGUGAAUGGGGUCUGCUUCUCCUAACGCAUGGAGCAUCUCAUAGGUUGCAAUCUAGAAAAGUUUGUGACAUAUACCUCCAUUUAGAUACCACAAAAUUCUAUACCAAAACAUCUACCCCUUCCCUAGAUUUGUCCAAAGGUAGAGAUAUGACUUGGAUUAAAGACAAAAGGAACAGCCAAAACCCAUGCUCUAUUCUUUCUGAUGAACCUCUUUCACACUCAUUGACUCCAACUGGAUGCAUUUGAAUUGAGUUGAAUCAUACCUUGAUUGUACUUUGAAUUGAUGGACAAGUGAAUCAUGCCUCAAUUGCUUUCUCUUGUUUGUUGCACUGAAACCUAGUGAGAUAAUAAAUAUUUUCUUGAAUAAAUAGGCUUACAGAGA